AUGUUCAGCUUCGACUUGGAGCAGAGGCGUGUCAGGCUCGUCGGUAAUCUGCAUCCAAGUCAGCGGCGAUCACAGCAGAAGGCCAAUACCUGGAGCUAUGGCGGCACAUACAUUGCCGUUCAGCGCAAAAGUGAAGAGCAGACAGUUCGAGAUGAGCGGGUGGACCGAGGCAUGAUAUCGAGGAUCCCCGAGCAUUCUGAGGUGCAGUCUCGGCCUUUCAAGGUCAUUGAUCUCCCAUGCGAGCUCCGACCCAAGAUCUACGGCAUGAGGGCGAUGCUCCGCGGUGACAACGUUCCUGUCCAUAGCCAGCGUCAGAGCAGCAUCGUCAACCAAGCUGGCGAAGAAGAAUGCGGGACGCACUUACACCGCUCGCCUUCCAUCUACCAACGCGUGUGGAUGGCGUUAUCGCAACGGAGCGCAUCGAGGCGCCUCGCACUGGAAAUGGUGGGCAGUGGCAAUCCAGCCGACGGCAGUGGUAUGAAGCGAAGGGCGGUUGGGGAGUGCGCGCAACCGAACAAGCCGACCAUGACCGGGGAAGGUAUCGCGCCAGAUCAAGACUCUCUCGACAUCAACAACUCUCUCGACAUCAACAACUCUCUCGACAUCAACAACUCUCUCGACAUCAACAACUCUCUCGACAUCAACAACUCUCUCGACAUCAACAACUCCCUGGACAUCAACAAUUCGACAUCAACAACUCUCCCGACAUCAACAACUACCUCACAUACCUCUGAAUCACACCCAUAUCGAAUACGGUCUCGACUGUGGACAUCGACCCCACCGCGAUCGAGGCAACGAUCCGACCCUGAGGAUCGCAGUCUCUAA